ACACCUCUGUUAUUAAGCUGGUCAGAUGAAUUUUUCAUUCAGUAUCGGGGAUGUUCUGCCGGAUGAAUUAACCUGUAUUAGAUCGACGACUGCAUUGUAUAGCACUUUCCGCAACAAUUUAACGUGCAAACACAAAGAGGAACUAUCCGAAAUUAUUGACAAAAUGGGCGCCAGCUCAGCCACUGCACAAAGUCUACCGCGUAUGGUGACAACAUGUAACAAGUUUUGGGGUUCUGGACACUCAAUAUUUAUUCUCUCAAACAUCCACCAAAACAUGGUUUUCGGGAUUUUGAAAGUGGGAAGGAAAAGGCUUUUCUUACAUGAUGAAAGAGGAAUUUACACAGAAGCGGAGCCCUUAUGCAUCUUAGAUUUCUAUGUUCAUGAGUCAGUUCAACGAAGGGGUUUCGGAAAGAAACUUUUCGACUUCAUGCUGCAGGUUGAGCAAAUGAAGCCGUCCAGUUUAGCGAUCGAUUCUCCUUCAGAAAAGAUGUUACGAUUUCUGGAAAAGCAUUAUCAUCUAACCCACCCAGUGUUUGCAUCCAACAACUUUGUUGUGUAUCCGGAUUUCUUUCGAAUUCACGCUUGUAAUACGCGGACGGCUCGUCAGGACUUUUGUGGGAAAACGAACGAAGUUGUGCAAAACACAUCCAAACCAGUGGUGGCACAGACACGAUAUUCCCUAAACAAUGCACCGUGUCCUAUCCUGCACAGCCGGUUUCCAGCAAUACCCACAAACAUGCCUGCAAUAAAAGAAAGUACCAGUUUUACCCCAACGAGCACAGAUCAUACUGAAAGUGGUGGCUACAUAACCAGUACAAAAGGCCUCGUCUCAGGUGCCAACGUUGGCAAGCACAUGCUGAAUGUGUCUACCGAACUCCCAAAUACUCAAAGUCAUUUCUCCUGGAACUCUCAUGCUCAACACCACUCCAGGUCCGAUCAUUCGGUGGUGUCGCCUCAACAACUUCGCUUUCUUCGAGAGCUACCAACCAAUUCACGGCUGCAGGAGAAGUACUCAUACCUAAAAGCUGUACGAAGUCACAAUGCACACAAGAAGCUCUGGUAACCGCAAACAUCAUUUGCAAUCUACUGCAAAUCAACUUCUGGAGAGAACUCAUGCAACGGCCAUCCGGAGAUACAGCGUUUCCACUGGAACCGGCCGCGCAAUCAACUCUGCGUCAAAAUCUAGAUUUACGGAUCUUUCAAACCAUCCGCUUUCCCUACUGAGCCCGUUAAAAUUAACCACUCUGGGUGCUCUCCGUCUGAAAGCUAAAUGUCCUAACCAGCCACUUUCUUC